UGCAUACACAAGUUAUAUUGCAUUAGUAAUGCAAAUAGACGAUCUGCAGGGAACCACCUUUGUAGUGUUAGAGAGAUCUAGAUGGCAGGAAGGAAAUAAUGACAGCUGACCCUUGGACUUGCUACAGUACUCAAGUUGUCACGUGCUGAGGAAAAGGGAGGCUCUUCUGUUGACAUCAAUGCACUCAAGAGCAAUUGAUGCAAGUCACAUAAUCGUAUAUGUUUCGCUUUCGUUUCACUUAGAAUUGUUUACUUGUAUGAUUGGAAACCGAAACAUUUGAGUGCAUUUGCCGUUAGCGGUAGGGUCGUUGCAAGAGUCAGCACCGCAGUGUAGCUAUCACGCGACUGGAGUACUGUUGGCUAGCAAGCUAACGCUGCUUGCAACUAUUUAGUGUCAUGGACGAGCUAACAGUGGAAGUCAGAGGAACGAGCGGUGCUUUUUAUAAGGCCCAUGUGAAGGACGUACACGAAAGCACUGUCACUGUUUCAUUUGAAAACAACUGGCAGCCAGAGCGUCAAAUUCCCUUCCAAGAUGUUCGCUUUCCACCACCCACUGGUUUUCAGAAAGAGAUCAACGAGAGCGAUGAAGUAGAGGUACGUGCUGUGUAUUCUCGAGCCAACGACAAGGAGCCCUGCGGCUGGUGGCUGGCCAAGGUCCGCAUGGUGAAAGGAGAGUUUUAUGUGAUCGAGUAUGCCGCUUGCGAUGCCACUCUCAACGAAAUAGUCACUCUGGAAAGGUUACGGCCUGUCAACCCCAACAAGCCGGCUACAAAAAACACCUUCCUGAAAAUCAGACUGGACGUUCCAGAGGAUCUACGGCAGAUGUGUUCGAAAGAGUCGGCACACAAGGACUUCAAGAAAGCAGUGGGUGCGUUUAACAUAACGUAUGACUCGGACAAGAAGCAGCUGCUUAUUCUGUCAGUGAAUGAAGUGACCACCAAGAGGGCCAACAUGAUGAGCGACAUGCACUUCAGGAGCUUGCGGACCAAGCUGUCAUUGAUGCAGAGGAACGAGGAGGCCAGUCGCCAGCUGGAGAGUUCUCGACAGUUAGCCUCCCGGUUCCAUGAGCAGUUUGUGGUGCGUGAUGACCUCAUGGGCCUGGCGAUCGGCACCCACGGGGCCAACAUCCAGCAGGCCCGCAAGGUCCCCGGGGUCACCACCAUCGACCUGGAUGAAGAGACCUGCACCUUCCACAUCUACGGAGAGGACCAGGAGGCGGUGAGAAAGGCCAGGAGUUUCCUGGAGUUCUCCGAAGACGCCAUCAAAGUUCCCAGGAACCUAGUGGGAAAAGUGAUAGGGAAGAAUGGCAAGCUGAUCCAGGAGGUGGUGGAUAAGUCAGGGGUGGUCCGAGUGAGGAUCGAGGCAGAGAACGAUAAGAAGCCUGUACUGGUGGAUGAGGGCAUGGUGCCAUUUGUUUUUGUGGGAACAAAGGAGAGCAUCUCCAAUGCCAAGGUGCUCCUGGACUACCACCUCAACUACCUGAAGGAAGUGGACCAGCUGCGUAUGGAGCGCCUGCAGAUCGACGAGCAGCUGCGGCAGAUAGGCGGCGGGCCGAGAGGCCAGGGUGGCCGUAUAGAGAAAGGACUGGUCAUUGACAACGGCAUGGGGUUGGGCUUGAACCUGGGGCUGAGCGCCCAGAGAGGGGGGAAGCCGUACAGCAGGGGGGGGCGUGGACGCAGAGGGCCCCCUUUCGCUUCAGGCACCAACUCGGAGGCUUCGAACGCGUCUGAGACGGAGUCCGACCACAAGGACGAGCUCAGCGACUGGUCCCUGGCGCCCGCCGACGAGCUCAUGGGGGGAGGGCUUGGUGGCGGCAGCGGCUUCCCCAAGCGGCCAGACCAGAGGAAGAGAGGAGGGGGGGGGCCGCGAGGCCGGGGGGGAAGAGGCCGGGGUGGCGGGGGAGCGUUCAAAGCACCUGAGGACAUCCAGUGGAGCGACUCGCGCCCUCGUAACAUCCGGGACACCAAGAUGAGGCCUCCGGAAGAUUCUCUACAGAUUCGCGUGGACGGUAACAACGAGCGCAGCGUGCACGCAGCCCGCGCCUCCACCGACGGCCCGGCACGCCAGAGGCCCUUCAAGGAGCGAGGGCUGAAGAAGGACAAGCUGGAGAGUCCCGACGCCACCGCCUCCGCUCCCCCUCCGCUGGUCAACGGGGUGUCGUAGAUUAAGUGUCGUCGUUCCCCACCCCCCCCUUGUCCCCCCCCUCCACAAACACACACACACACACACCUUGGGCUCGCUCUCUGUCACACCCACAGACACACAGACACCCCCCACACUUUGUCAUUGAUUCCUAAGCUUCUACGUUAGACUUGUCAGGCCAAAGAGGAGCCGGUAACGGAUGGGGGCAGAAACAAAGUGCUUUGGAGCCCCCGGCUGUGAGGUGCCGCAGAGGGAGGGGGUGGGGGCCGGGCUGGGCUCUUCUGGUUCAGGCUCGGCCCGGCUCUGGGGAGUUUUCUGUGUACAGUGAAGGAAUCCCAAAAGGGUUUUCUGUUUGGAUUGAAAGGGAAGGCGGAGGCGGGGAGACGGCAGAGUGUUUCUUUUCUACUAAUAGACAGUCGUUGCUGACAGCUACCCAUGGGACUGUUCUUCUCAGCUGUUGGUCUAAAGGUGUUUCAGUAGAAGACCCUAAUUGGUCAUGAUGUGUUUCCUAUGGGUCUGGUUUUUCUAUCAACAUCUCUCACAUUGUCUCACCUUUUUCUCCUGGGCUGCGUUCAAACAAUUUGACGUUUUCAAACAGCUUGUAAAAUAAAUAUUUUAUUAUUAUUAUUUGUUGUUGUUUCUUGAAACGUUAAGCAACGCCUCUUAACGUUCCGUGUAGUAACCGUUAAUUCCCCAUUCGGUGGGUGUGUUAUGAUGUCACAGGCUGGCAAAACAUCAUGGUGAUACCAUUUCCCCUGUUCUUCAUCAGCUUCCUGCAUUGCCACAUUUCUUGAAAUGGUCAGUCAGUACUGCUAGUUUUUCGUUCAGUUUUGUUAAAUCAGCUCUUGAACGCAGCCCAGGUGUGGGGGUUCACCCCUUCAGUGUCUGGACCCUUGUCACUUACCAAGACAUGGAGCUCCUCACCACCAGUCUGUCUGCAACACUUUCCGUUGGCGCUUGAUCUACUCACUCAAGUGCUCCUCCAGGAUUUGACUGAAUUUGACAAAUGUAUUUUACCAAGACAUGUUCGCAAUGUGGUUCUAGAAUUACAUUAUUACUACAAGCAACAGUUUCUAGAGGCGCCAAUAGCAACAAAAAAAAUGUAGAAGGGGAAAAUAAGAAAAAAAAAAUCAUACCAACCUUUUUGUCUGAUCUGUGCCUUUAAUAUUGUGUGGAUAGUAUCACAACUAGAAGUCCAAUUCAGGGAAAAAGACAUUUAAACAACAGUGAUGUAACUUGUGCUCAUGUGCGGUAGUCGACGUAGCUCAACUUUGGAGACACGAGUCAUUUUGUCUUUUUAACAUGGGGAUGCAUGUGUCUUUAUCUGAGGGGGAGGGAAGGGUUGGAGUCGAGGCUCAGCCUCAAGAUGAGACUGGGUUCUGUUCCCUCAGGCCCAGGGCCGCUUCAGUAGAGACAGUAAUGGACUCCUUUUUUGCUAGUGAUGGAAACCAUUUUCUCUCAGCAGGAGGGUAGAGAGAACAUGUAAAGAGAGUAAAGAAAGACCAUGAACUCAAUAUCUUUCCCAACCCACACAGCGACCAGAUCCAAACUCGUAUAUCAAAGGUUGUGAGGAAGCCGCAAAACAAUACGGUGAUAUUUCACGCCACCGGUUUAUUUGUUGUACAUUAUACUAUUGGCACAGGUCUGUGUGGGUCUCUUUUUUUUAUGUGAUCUUAUUCUUAGUGCACCAGACCAGGAUAUUGAGAACAUGGUAUUUUCAAUAUUUGUCAGCCUACUGUUGCUCUGCAUUUUUACAGUAUCAAUGUGCAACAAGCCUUUUGGCACGAUUCUGUCGAAACCUAAACAUAUUGUUAAUAUUAUGGGAACAGCUGGUCAUAUCUGACUGUAAUUGUUACUGGAAGAAAACGUUUUUGGAUACUGUGUAUAUUACAAUUCUCAUUUGUAAAAAAAAAAAACAAGACAAAGAAAAAAAAGAAAAAGGAAAAGGUUUUUACCGUUGUUUCAGAUUGAACUUGAAAUGUGCACUUACCAUUAUUUUUGUGUUAUCUGCAACAGCUAAAUAAUAUUGACUAUAUAAUAAACAUAUGAUGUUAAGGUUCUUUUUUUUUUUCUUUUUUUUUUUGGCAGGUGAAUCACACGAAUGCUGUUAAUGUAUAGAUAACCCUUAUAGCUAACUCCUGAGUCACUGUACCUUAUAGCCUACUAUGAGGGAGAAGGACGUAGAAAGAUGCUUAGUUUUUAUGUUAAAUUGUGUGUCUUAUCUGACCCCUGCUUGUACAGUUGAACUGAACCUAGUUUACAGUUGCAGACUUCUCUUUUUGAAUUUUAUUUUUUACAAACUUACUGACUGUGAGGGUAUUCUUAGUGUCUUGUUUAUAUUUAUUUUCCUUUCUCUUGUUCGGUUGUUUACGCUAAAUUGUACGAUGAAGCGCAGUUAAGAAAACUCCCAAGCAAAUCCACAGCUGGAAAGCUUGCUGGCUAGUAAUCAAUCAAUGGACAACUUCAUCCCAAGCUUCAUCCCAUUCUGAUGAACACGCCCACAACUGUACUUGAACUUCUUAGGUUUUGUAUGACAUGAGAUGAGAGAGACUGAGAUGAGCUGUGUGUUAUUAUUUAAGAAACUGAUAGCAGGGCCUUUGGUUGCAGGUUGGUGGUAAAGAUCUGCAUAGAGCAGGGGGUGUUCAUUGGUUUAAUGGUAUGGAGUGCCUAACUCGAAGGAUGUUGCUUUUAAUGAAUGACAUGGGGAGGACUGCACUAACUCUACCUUGAGAACUCUCCAUUCAUCCAUAUCGAUCUAAAAAUCAUCUGAUAGUAAUCAUACAUUUGACACGUCUCAUAGCCAUUCCUAAUGCAUUAAUUAAAAAUAUGUAAUGGAGAAGUGAGCAAUUGGAUAUGGAGGGAGCUUUUCUAGUUCAUAGGUCACAUGGGCUGGUAGCGGCUCUCCGUUCUAGACAAGCACGUCACGUAAGCUGCGUCCUGUGUUCCUCACCUGCUUGAGGUAAAUGUCUAACGCAAUUGGAUAGGGGAAACAUACACUUCUGUACACAGCACGUCACCCAAUCCAGGCGACAUCAUAUCUGAUUUUAAAUAGGGUGGAGGACAGAAGGUUGCAUGCCCUGAGAAUUGGAAUACGGCCUUCCUCUUGAGAGAACACUGACCCUCAGGCUCAGGGUUCUCCCAGUGGACCGCAACACAAAUCAGAUAAAGGCCACAAUUGUCCCAAUAUCAAAACAAUAUCUCAGUCCUCAAAGUCGUCUUCUGAGACACAAAAGUGUUGCCAAACACUGUUUUUAUAGUAAUUUAUUUUGGGGAAUGUAUAAAACCAAUACCAAGACAAAAAAUUGUAAAGGAAAAAAGUUAUUGCACUCCUUUGGCUGUUGUGGUUGAGAACUGGAACUGAAAUACUGUAGAUAUCAAAAACAAUGGUAGAAGCGACCUUGUAUGUUAUUAACUGCACUUUGGGCAAUAUUUUCUUUGUACAUAUUAGCGUAUACAGAUUGGGUUAUAUGUCGACAUUGUUUGGUUAUAGUGCAAUAUAUUUUGUAUGCAAGCAGUUUCAAUAAAUAAAGUUUGAUCUUCCUCUGCUA